AUGUCUAAUGAAGACGAUGAAUGUGACUCGUCGAGUCUAUUUAAUGUUGCAAGUCAAACAGAUGUAAAUUCAUUUUUACAUUCUCAAGCAGCAAAAAUAACAGGUAUAACAACAAGUAUAAGUGAUGAUGAAAAUAGUUCUAUGGAUGGAAGUUUAUUAACACGUUUUUCACAAGUAUCAUCCGAAAAAAAAUAUAUUAUAACAACAAAUACAAAUAUACGUUCAACACCAAUAAAACCAUAUUUAAGUCGUUCAUGUUUUGCAUCAUUAACAAGUUCAUCACCAAUUAAAAAUUCAAUACAAAAAGUUUAUGCAUCAGAUGAUUUAACAGAAUUAAAAUGGUUAAAUACAUUUAAAUUAAAAGAAUUUAAAGAUGAUUUUAAUUCGAAUAAUAAUAAAGAUAAAGAUAAUCAAUAUGAUAAAACUCAAGUAAUAUCAGAACAACAACAACAAGAACAAAAUAAUAAUAAUAAUAAUAAUGAUGAAGAUCGUUUAGCUAAAUUAAUAAGUGAAUUAAAAUCAUAUGAUAAUGAAAGUACAAAAAUUACUACAACAUCAUUUGGUAUAAUUAUAUUUCUUGGAUUUUAUUCUAAACGUGAUGAAAAACAUUUAUCAUGGUCAUUAACAAUAAAACAAUUAUAUGAAUAUGUUCAAAAUAAUGCUAAACAUAUAACAAAUAAACGUGGAUGGAAAAAUUUAUUACGACAAUCAUUAAUUACAAUACCAUGUUUUGUUAAAACAAAACGUGAUUUACUUAAAUCUCGUUCAUUAUGGACAAUUGAUCCAUAUUAUCGUCCUUUAUUAACAAAAGCUUAUUUAACAAAUCCACCAUCACAAUCAUCAAUUACAUUGAAUAAAACAUUAUCCGAAGCACCAACAAAUCGACAUGAUGAUCAAUUAGAUACAAAUCGUUCAUCACAAUCGAUUGUAAGUAAUUUUGCACCAAAAGCAACAGUGAAAACAAAAGUACUUCCGCGUCUUUAUGAACGUCUUUGUGAAGAAAAAGCAAAUGAUAAUAACGAGGAUGAUCAUGAUGGAGAUGAAGCUGAUUCAAGUAAUAUUGCUCAACAUCAUCGAAAUCUAACAUCAGAUAAUGAUGGAAAACGUCGUUCAUCAACAUCGCCAUGGGCAGCUAAAUUACUCAAACGACAUAAACGACGACAUUAUCGUCAAUCAGGUGUUGAACCAAAAACAUCUACACCAAAUAGAGGAUCUAAUAAUGAAAAUCGUUCAUCAUCAACAUCAACUGUUGUUACACCUUGUCCAAGUAUGGAUCAUACUUAUUUACUUCAGCCUGAAAAAAUAAAACAUUCACCAAAAAAACAAUCAACAAUAAAACGAACAAAGUCUACAGGAUCAAUUGAAUAUAAUGAUCCAUCAAGUGGGGAUAUUGAAGAAGAUGAUGAACGUGACAGUAGUUCAUCAAUACGUCCAAUACGUAAAUCAAUAAUAACAACACGUGCUCAAGCAGCAGCACGUAAUAAUCAUUCAAAAAAUCGUCGAAAAAGUUCUCCACCAAAAAAACGUUUAUCACUACAAUUACCAUCACAUCGACCAAAUACACGUAUAAAUCGACGAAUAAUUGAACAAGAUUUAAAAUUAUUACGACAAGCUAAUGUUUUACCACCAUUAUCACCGCCAACAAAUCAACAACCACUUGAUUUAUCUCUUGGUCCUAAUCGAUCAUCGUCAUAUGAAGAAAUGACUGAACAAACAACAACAACAAAUAUUGAAACAAUAAAAGAAAUCAUAGAAAUAAAAACAACACUAAUUGAAGGCGUACUUGAUUUAUCUCUUUCCCGAUGA